GCCUGCGCCUGAGUCUACAAAUGCUGCCACAUGCAAGACAAUGGAGGUAUUUUUUGAGGAUAAAUAAUGGAGAUAUUUGUUUCCAGGAAUGAAUUGUUAUGCUUCAUUGAACACACUAUUGAUUGGCGAAAACAAUGGGACAAUAAAGAUAAAUCGAUUUUUUCGAGUUGUUUGUUGUGUCCAGUCAGUUGCACGGCGAAAGAGCGUGAAGACAAGCAGCAUGGCAACGUCGAUGAGAAAGAUUGCAAGAGGCCUUUGCCUGGUUCUUCUCUCUUUAUAUAAUGCAGAGGGUGCACUGAAAAUUCAAGACCUCACACACACUUUCGAUAACACAACAUUACACUGGCCAACUAUAGCAGUGUCAAAUCGCUUCAGGUUUACACAGAAAAUCACGGCUGGUUCUGGCGCAACUUACUACGGAAUGAACUUUUUCAGUGCUGCCGAACAUGGUGGCACACACAUGGAUGCGCCUUCACAUUUUGUGCAGGGGAAAAUGUCUGCAGACCAAGUACCAUUAUCGAAGCUUAUAGGCAAAGUAGCAGUCAUUGAUGUCACCGCAGAGUCGAAGAACAACAGUGAUUACUUGAUUGGUCCUCCUGACUUUCAAAGAUACGAGAAGAAACAUGGGAGGAUACCAGACGAGUCUAUCAUUCUAUUAAAUACUGGAUUUGGAAAAUUUUGGCCAAAUGCAGCUUUGUACUUUGGAACAGCAACAAACAAUACAGAUUUACUGCAUUUUCCCGGUCUGGAUCCCAGCGGAGCAACUUGGCUGUUGAAUAAUCGCAAGAUAAAAUCGAUAGGCAUUGACACAGCAUCCAUCGAUUACGGCCAAUCAAAGGACUACCAGUCACACAGAAUCUUGUUCGCACAGAAUGUUCCAGCAUUUGAAAACGUUGCCAACUUGGAUAAAGUGCCAGCCAAAGGGGCCAUGGUAUAUGCAUUACCCAUGAAAAUUGGAGAAGGUACAGGGGGGCCUCUUCGAAUCGUAGCCACUUGGGAUGACAAUCAAACGAGUGCUGGACCGAUUCUGUCAUGUUCACUCGCCAUUCUGCUGCUUGCCAUUAUGUCCACAUUUAUAGUAAUCUAGAAAGGAUAACUACUCAUCAUAAAUGCACCAAUUUCACAUAAUUUUUAUCGACACGUUUUAUUUUUGGAUUUCACUUUGUUAUCAUUGUUGCUAUACCAUCGCUUUAAUUUUCUUCGAGUCUAAGUAAUUAUAGCACUACCUAUAACCGCGACUUUUAAACGUAUCACUUUUCGAAGGAAGAUGUUUCCAGAGAAGUUUUCUUAUGGCAAAAUGCAGAGACUUAAGAUAUGCUUAGGAAUGGGUUUUUCUCAGUAAGGCAGUUAUGAGUAAACUUCUCUCAAGAGCUCAUUCGAUAUAAUUCUUUACUUAGGGCAACCAGUUUUAGAUUUAUUGUGGUUCCUGGUUCCCAAAAUUCCAAUCCUAUUAAUUGUACCAAGUCCAAUAAGAUGAGAUCGCCAUUUUUGUUGGAAGCUAACAGCUUUUCACACAACCAUAUUUACAGUUAUUGCAUUUUAGUAUGGGAAGUUUCUGCAGGUUUUGUAGUGAUCUAUUGCUUCCUUUUUUGCUUGCUUGCUAAAUGCUUUUAAGUCUUGAAUAUUUCUUAAAUCUUUUUUUACAUCUUCUACAUAUUCAAUCAUAUCUUUUAAUCACAAAGGUGAAAUUUCUAAGUAGUAAUCUGCCUAGGGAUCUUUAAUUUGGGGGGAGGGGCGUUGGUCGGCAUCUGGAAUUUACGGCCAUGUUGUAGGCCAGAGUGAUUUAUUACCCUGUUAAGUAGUUUAAUACACUGGCAGCAUCAUUUCAUAAAUAUGACUUCAGUGAUGGAAGAUAGAAGGUAAACGUAGCAGAGGAAAACCAAGGUGAACGUACGUCAGCAACCUGAGCAGAAGUGUUGGUUUGGGUCGCGGUUUGGGUUAGGUGAUGUCGAGCUUUUGCUGACCACAAAGAACCAUGAUCGCCAACGUCCAUUUCGGAUAAGGUACCCACAGAGAAACGGAGAUUUCAGUGCCUCUUUUGAAACUGUAUUUAGCAACGCUUCCUUUAAGAUGACGGCACAUGAUGCAAGAUAUAAUUCUGUUACUUUCAAUUAAUUCUAUUUGAAAACAGAAUUCAUUUUAACAACCUUAAUCCUGUUUUCAUGAAAGACUAUUUUGUACCCAAAACAACAGGUCAUAACCUUCGACUCAAAAACCCCCUUGACAUUCCAAAAGCCAGAACUACCAAUAAUGGUAUCAGAUCAUUAAGUUUUCAAGGGCCUAUAAUCUGGAAUUCACUCCCGGAAUCAAUAAAGACAGCACAAAACACUAGACAAUUUAAGAAUUUGAUCAAAACUUGGUUUCUUGAAAACAAGUGCGCAUGCUCACUAGUGUAUAUUCACUAUUGUAUAAACCAACGUUAAAUAAUUUACAAUACAAUUACUUUAUGAAGCUCCCUAGACCGCCGAGGGGGAUAAGAGCCUCAUUCUCCUCUUUCUUCCCUCUACUGCUUACCCAGGGGUGCAGAUUUUUCCGGUGGCCCCUAGAAAUCCUACAGAUUUGUGCCUUAAAAAUUUCUUGGACUUUGGCAUAUAUGGGUCUCUUAGACAUAAACUGGGAUACGAUUGCAUCCAGUUUUUCAUCUAGGAGUUUCUUCUUUGGUGCUAGAGAUACCUGCAAAGACGUAGGAACUGGGAGGCUCGGGAAACACGCGCCCCCAAAGUUUCAGAAACAGAGGCAAAAACAGCUCACGGAGAUGCCCCCUUUUUAGCCUACAUGUGCCCCUCCUCUUUUGAAAUACUUCCUACAUCUUUGAACCCCCAGGAAGUCCUACAGUGUUAUUUGAAAUAACUUAUUUGUUGGGAGUGGGGAGACGAAACUUUCUUUUUCGGUUGAUUUGUUGGCUUUUGAAAAUUUUGCACUAUUUGCACAUGCACAGCGAAAAUGAUUAAUCGAUGCUGCUCGAGAACUUUGUCGAUUUGUUUCCAAGACUGGUUAUGUGAUUACCAAAAAAUUUCGAAAUUAUACAAUUGGAUGAAGUUGAAGAUAGAGCAGGCUGAUGCAACAGAUAACUAAACACUGUUGUUUAUGGUUUUUCAACUGUGCACAUAAAGUUCUGAAUAAGCACAAUUUGAACUGCGUAGUGUACUCCAAGUCCAUACAGUAUACAGAUGAGAGAUAAUUCGAGCGGUCAAACAAACAGCAACUUGUGUAUUUCUAAACGUUUUUUUUAUAUUUCCAUUAAAAAGUUACAAUACAUAAAUACAAGCUACGCAAAUUUACUUUACAAUACUACUCGGACGAUACCCCGAGGAGCUAUGACUACCCGGGGGCCAUAGACACAGUUAAAAUAAACUACUAUAGUCUGUCUGUUUACAUACCACGAGAAUGUCUGCGAUGAAUUCAAAUUUAAGAAGGGAGGUUUAGGUAUCAUCGCAACUACUGCGUGGCAUCCAAUUUGAGGCAGACUUUUAAAAAUACGCGACUAAAAAAAAGA